AUGCAAUCUACCUACUUUCAGACAAUUAGAUUUUCAGGCUUCAAGAUUGCUCGUUCUGAAGUUGCUGGACACGAUAGAUGGAGCUCAUCUCAGUGGCAACUACAAGGGGAUCCUGUUGUUAGCAUAGAUGGUAACAAUGAACUUUUUGUCAUUGACUAUACUAUUGUGCCAACUGAGAGCAUUGCUUCAUGGAGCUACUUUUUCAGCAAUCUGAAAUUGGGUGUUGAGUCAGCACUGCUAGAUGUUUUUCCUUGGACAACAAGGAGAUUUUGUUGCCAACACCUCUACAACAACUGCAAGAAUGAAGGCUUCAGUGGGACAACCUUCCACCAACUUUUUUGGACAUCAGCUGAUGCUUACAACAACUAUGUGUACACUAAGGCGAUGGAGAAGAUAGCCAGGGACUUACAUGUACUCACCCUGCUUGAAGAAAUAAGAACAUGGUGCAUGAAGAGGACUGGGGCAAGGUUUGAUAAAGUUGUGGACAUAGGUCCAACUGAUCUCACAGACUAUGCGAAGAGGAUAUUGGAAACAAGGAGUGAUGAAUCAAGAUUCUAUGGACGUGGUGAGUAUGAGGUUAGGGAUGGCAAUGUCAACUUCCCUAUUACACUUACAAACUCUAAAUGCGAGUGUGGGAAAUGGCAAGGCUCGGGCAUCCCUUGCAAAAAUGCGCUAAGGGUGAUAUUCAAUCAAAGGCUUGAGCCUGCUGAUUUUGUAUCCUCAUUUUUCAAGGGGGCAACAUAUAAGCUCACCUAUGGGGAUCAUAUCCAUCUCAUGCCUGACCCCACUCAGUGUCCUGACUUCAACCUCCUCACAUUGCACCCCCCUGAUAUCAAGAGACCACCUGGCAAACCUACCAAGCAAAGAAGGAGAGGGCCUAAUGAAGCUAGGAAAGGGAAGAGGCACAACUCAGUUAGGUGCAAAAAAUGUAAGGAAGUGGGUUACAACUCCAGGACCUGUGGAACUGAUAAAAGGAAGGGGAAAGGCACCAAGAGAAAGGCAGAUGCAGCUUCUACAAGCCAAGCACCACCUAAGAGGGCCAAGAAGACUUCCAAGGCAGAUGGAGCUUCCACAAGUCAAGCAACACCUAAGAGAGGCAAGAAGUGA